GUGUUUAGUUUUGGGGUAUUUUAGAUAUUGGCAGUGUUUAUAAAACGGGCUGUGUUCCUCGCCGGACGCCAUUGCCAAUGCCAGAGAAAUGAUGUUCCUUUAAUUUGUUUUACUUCUUGAGAGAAACAGACAUAAGUUUCUGAUGAAUUUGGCUUUGGAUUUUGUUGAAUGAGCAGCUAUUAAUCGUUAUGGGUCCCUAGCAAUGUCAAGGUUUCUUAAGCGAACUGGAACAACUGAUUUGAAUGUUUUCUAUCCCAUCCGAUCAGAGUGUGAAGCCGAUGUUCCAACCACACGUUUUAAACCAAGGUCCGGUAAAACUCUAAGCGCAAGAAGAUGGCAUGCAUCAUUCUCUCAGGAAGGUCACUUGGAUAUUGCAAAAGUCCUCAGACUAAUCCAACGAGGGGGCGUUCAUCCCUCAAUCAAAGGGGUAGUAUGGGAGUUCUUGCUAGGUUGCUAUGAUCCUAACAGUACAUUUGAAGAACGGAAUCAAAUCAAGGAACAACGGAGGCAGCAGUAUAGUGUGUGGAAAUCUGAAUGUCGAACGAUGGUUCCAGUUAUUGGCACUGGAAAAUUUCUUACGUCACCUCUCAUUGAUGAUGAUGAACUGCCAAUAGAUGAAUCUCUGAUUGGCGUCCCGAUUUCAGAUAAGAAAACUCUGCGGUGGAUGCAGACUAUACACCAGAUUGGCUUGGAUGUUGUUCGAACAGAUCAAGCACUAGUCUUUUAUGAAAAUGAAUCUAAUCAGGCAGAGCUUUGGGAUGUUCUAGCAGUUUAUGCCUGGAUUGACAACGAUAUUGGUUAUGUGCAAGGUUAUUUUUUCUGCAGGAUGAACGAAAUUUGCUCGCCUCUGGUGAUUCUUCUUGAUAAUGAAGCAGACUCUUUUUGGUGCUUUGAGCGAGCAAUGCGAAGGAUGAGAGAGAACUUCAGGACCAGUGCUAGUUCAAUGGGAGUGCAAUCUCACUUGAGUACACUCUCACAGAUAAUGAAGACUGUUGAUCCCCAACUUCAUCAACAUCUUGAGGAUUUAGAUGCUGGAGAGUAUCUCUUUGCCUUUCGCAUGCUAAUGGUUCUUUUCCGCAGAGAAUUUUCUUUUGUGGAUACUUUGUACCUUUGGGAGCUGAUGUGGGCCAUGGAAUACGACCCAAAACUAUUCUCAUUAUACGAGGAGUCUGAGGUUACUAGAACAGAUGAUACUACCCCUGCAAUAAAUGACAAGCUGUGGAAGAAAUAUGGCAAGUUUCAGAGAAAAAAUCUGCAGACUGGCAAUACAGAACAGCAGUUUAGUGCACUAUCUGUUUUUCUUGUUGCAAGUGUCCUUGAGAUCAAGAAUAGACGGAUUUUGAAGGAGGCUAAGGGUGUAGAAGAUGUAGUGAAGAUCUUAGGUGAUAUAACUUCACAUCUUGAUGCUAAAAAAGCUUGUGACGAGGCACUAAAAAUUCAGAAGAAGUAUCUUAGCAAGGCCAAAAAACCGUGAUGAUUCUAAUUUUCUGGACCUGUCUGUUGGCAGCAGUACUGGUUACUGAAUCUUUUCUGGGGCUUAACAUAUGCUAUUCUUUUUUUGUGUCAAUAGCCAACAUUCUCCUUCUCUAUUGUCUACUUCUAUUAUCAGGCUCCUAAGUUACCGGUGUCAUUAGAGACUGUGUUUUUCCCCUGAAUAAUACAAUUUCGACUUUCUUUUGGCCUUGCCUAGGAUACCUAGCUGAUGUUUAUAAAAUGUCUCCCCUUCUAAUCCUUUUCCCUAAACCGUUCCCGUGUUUAUGACACCAUGAUCAUUUUUGCCUAGUAUCAGUGUUAGAAUAAAGUGUGUACAGAAGAUGAACUGUGUGACUAAAAACAUGUAUAAAUCAUUCUAUCUUUAAGCU